GUGUGAGUUAUAUAACCGUAGGCGUGAGAACGCGGCUUUAUUUCUAUACACAGUUUUGUUUCGAUUAGCCAUUCCAUCUAAUCUUUACGUAUGUAUGUCAUACAACUAAUUAUACUGUAUACCUUCACGCCAGCAAUAUUGUUUUGUAAUAACAUAAUCUUUGAACUUCGAGCAGAGCGCUGUCACAGUACAGAUGGUUCAAUCAAAUAAAACCUACUUUUAAAGGUAAUUAAAGUUUUAUUUCAUUGAAGCUCUAUGCUGUGAUGAUCUUGUCUCUAAUUUCCUUGAUAGGGCAAUGAAAAUGAUUUCAAUGUUUUAUGUUUUUUAUUGUAGGUGCGCGUUCGCGAGUUCUACAUCGCGAUGCAGCGUUGCCCCUACAUCCACGAGAUGAAGGAGCGAUUGCUAGGCGCCCCAGUAGACGGAGUGGAACAGCGCGACGCGCAAGACGCGCGUGACAAGACGCGCGAAAUUCGCGAUCUGUCGCGCGACCCACGCGAUCCGCGCGAUUUGCGCGAGAUCCGUGAUCACGACAACCAGGUCGGCACCAUCGUCAAACUGAAUUCCGACGGGUACGGGUCUCACACGUCGCCGGCGCGGGCGCCGCUCGUCACAGACGAGUGCGAUGCGCCGGCGGACGAGACGGACGCUCUCAGUCCUACGGAUGCGAUACUGCGAUACCGGACCUGCUGUCAACCUGUCACUACCCCUAAAAAUGCCAAAACAUCGUUGUUUAUCAUAUCGAGUUUCAUCUACGCCAAACUUUUAGUUGUGGUUUGUAUUGCUUACGUCAUCAGCGAUGUCAUCACACACAACCUACCCCUGUAUUACUACGAAGGCUUCUUCACCUACCUUUAUGGAAUGAGCAUAUUGUUUUUGUUAUAUGUCUUCUGUUUUCUGCUUCAAGAGAGUGCUUGCUGCAGUGGUAGUCCACCAAAACCGAAGCCGCCACCAAAAGAAAAGAAGCCCAAGAAAGAAAAGGAAAAGGAAAAGAAAACCAAAGAGAAAGAACCUAAGGAAGCUAAAGACGGCAAGGAAGGAAAAGAUGGCAAAAAGGAUGCCAAAAAAGAUGGAAAGAAGAAAGAUAAAGAUAAGGAAAAGGACAACCCUAAAGAAAAACCAACCAAAGAAUCAAAGAAACAAAGCCAAUUUCAGCAACAGGAUGUGGUGGAGUUGGAAGCAGGGCCAGUUGCAAGGCCUGUUCGGCGACGCAAAACUUCACAGAACGACCAUAGUCACGGCAGCUUCUUUUUAAGAAUAGGUGCUAUUGCGUUUGGUCUUGGAACUAUGAUCUACAAUGGCCUGGAGUUUGGGACGUUCUUUGAGCUUCCAUUAGAAUCACCUUGCUAUCUCAUUUUAAAAGGCAUAAAUCCUGUAUUACAGAUGGUAUUUACAUUUAUGCAAAUGUACUUUAUUUUUAUGAAUUCACGGCUGAACAUUCAUCGAUUCAAAGUCAUUGCUCGAUUUGGUUUGAUGCAUGUAGUCGCUACCAAUAUCUGCGUAUGGAUAAGAACACUUGUCCUUGAAUCACUCAAGGAAAUCACUGAUUACCACGUUAAAAAUCCUUUAGGUCUUCCUGGCGAAGGCGUACUCGGAAAGGUCAUUCGUAAACAUACCUUGAGGCAUUCUGGUAAAGUUUUUGGAGCCGCAACCACCGCAGCGACUACUGUCGCUUCUACAGUUUUAACUACUGCCAAAAAUGCUGGAGAACAAAUUUUGAAUGUUGUAACAUCAUCCACAACCGCUGAACCCACAACGACUUCUAGCACAACGGAUAAUGCAACGGAAAUUUUUGAGUCCUUCGAUAAUCUGAACCCUGCUGCUUUGAUUGCCAACAUAGAUAACACUACUGUGUGUGGCCGAAAUCCAAUUAUGGGCACCAUUGUUGCCGACUCUGCACCUUAUUUGUAUCCAUUUAUUAUUGAAUAUUCACUGAUCGGUGCCGCUGUUAUCUAUGUCAUGUGGAAACACAUCGGCCGCUAUCCAAGUGUGGCCAACGAUGAAGAUCUGGAAAGACGUUUGGAGGCUGUUCUCUCCCGCAGGGCUGCAGCUUUAGCAGCUGCACAACGAGGCAAUCGAGUAGACUGUGCUGGAGCUUCCAAGGGACUGUUUUGUGGACUACUUCUUCUGGUGGCCUCUCUGAUCUGCCUGAUUCUCUUCUUCGUAUUGAUAAGACACCAAGAGUUGAAACGACUCUCGAUAUACUUGGCAGAUGUAUCCCAUUGUGCUCUGAUGGUGCUAUCGAUACUCGCAAUUUUAAUUGGCUUUAUACGUGGUCGUAAAAUGAAAUGGAGCUCUAGCCCUCCCUCCUGUACCGAGCCUCUUCGCAGGGUACAAUCGUUGAAGUUCCGUUCAGAAGAGCAAUCGGAUCUGAAUGACAUCCUGCUUCGUGUCUCUGCGUUUGGGCUGUUCGUGUAUGCAGUGUUCAGCGUGAUUGCUGGUGGAAUGGGUGCAUUUACUCAUGAGCCAAACCUUCUCGUCAUGAUCACUGGAUGCUUAAGUGUUUUUCAGGUUAUACUUCAGCUAUUAUUUAUCGCGGAUGUGUCUCGUCGUCGUGUCCAUCUUCCUGAGCAGGAACGCAGUAAGCCCGCACGUCAAGCCGUCACCUUCCUUCUCAUUUGCAACGUUACAAUGUGGCUCAUCUACACUUUCGAGGUGCAGAAGGUUCUUGCCAAUCCUGUACAAUUGGAUUUCUACGGGUUCGUCGCUUGGUCUCUGGUUCAACGCUUCACUCUCCCACUUUGCAUUUUCCAUCGCUUCCAUUCAGCCGUUACUCUAGCUGAAAUCUGGAAGACUACAUACAAAGCGCGUCUGGAGUGAACGCUUACUGAGAAUGCAGGAUCAUGAAUCCCAUAAUCAACUUUGACUUCGUUCUUUGUUGAUCAAUGAGGAGAGCUAUUGAUUUCGUCCUAACUCGGGGCAGCAAUACUGUAGUUAGAAAUAAAAAAAGUUGCUAGUACCGAAUCAUCUUGCUGUUUCAUAAAGUGUUAGAAUAGGAUUGUGUGACGAAUUUAGUGAUGUAAAAAUCAAUUUUAAACGAAGGUAUACCUGACGUUACAAUUAUGUCGAACAAAACUGGCUAGACCCCGCGGAUCAUCAUUAUGUUGGUUAUAAUUUUCAAUGGUUGUUUCAUAUUUUCUUUCUUUUCACAUUCCAUAUCUAAGUACAUAUACUUUUAUUACAGUUUCGUGUAAACUAGGUUUCUUGGAAGACUGACAAUGGAGACUAACGUGACCAAACAUACAUAUAUUUUCAUCUAUACUUUGCUUUGAUAUUUAUACGUAAACAGAAUUGCUCAUAUUUCGGAUUUCUAUACUUGUGUACAUUUUAUUAUAAUGAGAGAAUUUGAUCUAUCGAAACAAUGAUAAUAGAAAAUAAUUUCCCGUUGUGAAAUGUUCCCUCCUUUGUUAGAAAUAAUUUAUGUGCCAUGGUUUUAGAAUUAAGGCUUAAUUAAAAUUUGACAAUAUUUUACAUUUCUUUGAACUAUUUUUGAACGGAGGAGAAGAAAUGAGUACAGCUGUAAAACAAUUAUUAUCAAAACUAUUAUUAUUUAAAUAGAAUAUUAAGAUUAUAUUUGAUGUGUUUGUUUUGAAAAUGAAUUGGUAAGUUCGACGAAUAUAAUUUGUUUGCAUUGAUAGAUGUUUAAUAUCUCGUUCGGAACUAAAAUAAAUACAUUUCGCGUAUCUAUUAUAAUGUCGUAAGCAUAUUUUAGAUUAUUAAAUGAAUAAAGUUAGUGGUAUAUUUAAAGUUUCAGAAGAUUUAUUAGCCAACAUUUUGAGAUAAGCAGUAGAGAUAUCGAAUGUGCUAAUUAUAAGAUUUGUAAUUAAUCAAAUAACAAUUUUGAUAACAUGUACUUAAUAAAGAAGUCAUAAAAUAUAAUGCUGAUGCUUGGCUACAGGAAAACGCUUUGUAAACGUCUGACGAUUUAUUGAAUAUUUUCAGUUAAAACAUUUCAUUGCAAGGGGGCCAUAAUGAUCUAAUUUUUAUUGAACAUUGCACAUUUAUAGAACUUUUAGUGAGUAUAACGAGAUGUAACAUAGGAUAAAUACUUACAUAAACAUUGUAGUGACAUAUGUAUUGUGACAUUAAAAAUUUUCGGAAUAAUCCGUAUUCUAGCUAGCAACAUACGCGUUUUAUAUAUUGAUAAGGUGAGGUGAAAUUUCGUUCUAAUGGAUUAGAGGUUCCGAAAUGUUUACUUAAAUACUUUUUGUGCAAUCUAUUUUUGUAAAAUGAGGUUGUUUUACAUACACCAACGUUGCUAACUUCAUGAUGGCACGUGGUGUGAUAUCAUUUUGGUGUUAUAUAAACUUUUUUUUUGUAUAAAAUAGAUUAUAAUAUUCAAAUUAUUUAAAGCAUAUUUAUUAAUUUUGUAAAUUAAAGUUUAAGGUAGAUUCGUAACUUAUUGCUCUAGGGUAUGAGCGUAACGUAUGCUUACAUCGUGAGAAUUUGAGUGAACGUAGUUAGUUUUUGACUGGUUUAUAUUUUAACGUUAAAUAAUAAUAUAGCGAUUUAUUAUUAAUAAAGAUUAUAAUAUAGAUCUGGGAAUCUCAUUGGUUUUAAGCGACGGAUGAUAUUGCUAACACCUUCCAACAAAAAGUCCUUGGCAUUAUAAAGAAAUCAACCAGCAGCGUGUGUGGCUUGUUUUAUCACUGCCGUUAAUAUAAACAACCGUAUAAAAUAUCUCGUAACUAAGUUCUUUGAUAAACUUAUACUAUUUCUAACUUGUUCAAUUUUGUAGGUGAUAUUUACUGGUGUACCUUAAUGUUUGGAACAAAAUGUACCGAUGUUUGUAACAUUAGGUUAAAAUUAUCAUCAUAAUUGUGGAUACUCGAUCAAUGUUAUAUAGAGAUACCAAAAAUAAAAAAUUUGGAAAUUCUACUUUGAAGUAUAUGAUUAAUAUAUGUAAAUGUCUAUUUGAAUAAAUCAAAUAAUAUAUAAAUGUGAAUGGUUGUUUUAUUUAUUUGUAACCUUACGUCUAUAUAAGUAUAAGUGGGAGCGAAAGUUUUUAAAGAUAAUCAAAAAGUUACCAUUGUUUACAAUUUGAUUUGUCAUUUUAUAUAGAUUUCCUUAUUCUUUGAUAAAUAUUGGGGGGGUAUUUAAGUAUAUAAUCGGUAACAAAAAUAAAUUUAUGAAUAUUUUUUGAUAUAUCGUUUUAAAUACGAAAGAAAACACAAAAAAAUAUUAUCUCGAGCUACUCCAUGUUUGGAAGGCACGUUAAGCCAUUAGUCCCGGCUGCAUUUGCAGUCGUUAAUACCCUCCAUUCAGCAUUGGGCCAGCGUGGAGGGUCAUGGCCCAUCCUCCUUAACCAUCCAUAAGGAAGGCCUGAGCCCCUGCAGUGGGGACUUAAAAGGGCUGGUGAUGAUGAUGAUAAUGAUGAUUUGACAUCGUUAAAAUAAUGAGGAAGUAUUAAAAAAAAAUAAAGAAACUACGAAAAUUUAUGUUACUAGAUGGCAGCACAAAUUGUUGGAUCUAAACGUCAAUUCAUGACGUUAAACCAAAGAGAAUAGAAUCGUC